CUGACCACCGGUUUAGACUCACAAGAAACUAUUCCUCACUAACUGUUCGGUCUGUACGGUGUGUGCCCCGCUGCUAAUUAAUCAACUAACGGUGAUAUCGCGCGAAAAAAUUCGUAUAUUUCCGUUGCAGCGCCUGCGUUUAAAGUUUCGUGCCGCUGCCGGUCGCUUUCUGUGUGCAUUCGUCAAAACUUUGCCGCAACUUUAUAUUUGUUUCAGAAAACUUUUCACUUUAUGACUUUUUUGAACUGCGCACUCAAUCGCCCACUUUUCAUUGGCGUGAAACCACGUGCUUCAUUGUUGUGAUAUUCGGAUAAAACGUGACAAUGUCUACAAAAGCUAAUAAACGUCCAUUACGUGCUCUAACUGCUCACGAAAAAUUGGAUGCCAUUCGAAGAGUACACGAUGGAGAAAGUAAGGCAUCAGUUGCGAGAGAUAUUGGAGUCCCAGAAUCGACAUUAAGAGGAUGGUGCAAAAACGAAGAUAAAAUUUCUUAUCUCUCCAGACAAUCCAGUCCCGAAACAGACGAAUCUCUCGACCUCAAAACCCAAUCAAAAAAGCCAAAAUUAGAAGAAUCAUUUACACAACCCUUUAACUUGAGUUUAAAAAGUCAUAACUCAUAUUCUGCUCUACAAUCAGUGAAUCUGGACUCCAGCACAGACGUCAAGACACCUUUAAAUCUCAACACCAACUCAACAGAGUCGACUCCAAAGUCAACGAACCAUUUAUCCGAGAGGGAGAGAAAUAGAGCUGAGCUUGCUCGACUUAGCGUUGAGUUGGGCCUGAAUAGACCUGAGAUGUUCUUACCGAACAUAAACAAUUCGUCGAUAUUGAACGACUUCAGUACAAAUAUAUCGCUUAUUGCUCAAUGGAACGCACUUUUGACACAGCAACAACAGUUAAAAGUUCUUCAAGCAAAUAAAUCACCUAAAAUCGUCACAACUUCAGCUGAUACUAGUAAUGCGGUAAGUUCCUCAAAUAAUUUAUUAACUACGGUAGAUCAAGACAAGAAUAUGUCGUUACCAAAGGAUGUACAAUCCGUACAUGAUUCCGUCUGGUACUGGCUCAAAUCUCAACAGAUGCUGAAUAUGAAUUCUGUCUCUAAUGCAAAUAAUUUGUCGACUUCUUCGCCUGCAAAUGGUCAUGGGAUGUCUCCUCCAAUAACUACUACGGCUGUGCCAUCCAGCAGUACACCAGUUUCAAAUGGUUUAAACAGCGUAAGUCCCGAUCAAAGCUCCUGGUUUUGGAAAUGGUAUAAACAGUUUGCUUAUAAGGAACAAGAAAGCAAUAAACCGAUAUUAUACCAGCAGCUCACCAAAGAACUUCCGCAAAAAGAAUUUUUACCUGCACCAGUUCCAUUGAUUGAUCAUCAACAAAAUGCAGAAAAUUUGUCGAUGAAAGAUGAAAAACAGAGACCAAUAAUUGACAAAGCUCCUGGAUAUAAAGUGCGAUCUGUGUUGGAUAACCUUUUGUUUAAUAAUAACAUAAAUCUAACAGACAAUAGAAGGCAAGAAAAAGAAGAUGAUUAUUCUCCUACUCAGAAUGAAGCAUUGGAACAUGGUGAGAUGUUUUUGAAAUGGUUAGAGUCUUGCAGUGAUCCUUCAGUAACGGCUGUCCAGAUUAUGCAGUUCAAAACUCUUUUAAAUAAUGUAAAGAGUGGAGUAGACAGGAAAAAUUGCGAUCUACAGAACAAGGCCAAAGUAAAGAGAAAGUAAGAUUUUUUUAAAUAUAAUUUUGUAAAUUGAACUAAGGCUGUUCUAGCUGUAAACCAAAUAUGUUAAAGUCAUAUUAUGUAGUUUAUGUACAGUUUUUACAGGCAAAUUUCAUAGUUGAAUUUUAGUACAAUCAAAAAUUUACCUAUGCCUGUAGUUCCUUUUAAAUGUUACCUAUGACGCCACUUAUAAAUACAGUUAUGUAAAUAUUUGUUAGCUUUAGUGAUAUAUGUAUUUUUGCACCCCGAAAUUCUGAUGCGUUGGUGGUUUCCUUUGACAUAAUUUAUUCAAAUCUGGACGUUCUCGACUGAGAUUUUUUCAGCAGAAGGGAACUAGGUAUAAUGACUUUUAAUAAAUGAUAAACAUAUUCGGACAUUUUCUGGCAAACAAAAUUUUAUUUUAUAU